CGCGCGCGUGACCUCGCAGAUGACGAGAUUUUUGUUUUAACAGAAUACGAAGACCACGCCACUACGUGUUACCAAUGUGUUGAUACUGGAAAGGGAGGUCUUCUUUUGUGUGAACGUGGCUUCCAAUAUGCUAGCGACGUCGCCAAUUAUAUUUUUAAAAAAGACCGCAAGGCUUACUCUGUCGUCGACAAGGAGCACAACAAAAAUAUCCUAGUUCACAUUCCGCGAGGCCUUAAAGCUUCUCGGCGUCUUCUCCUCGCUAUUGAAUACGCACGCUUGCGCCCUAAGCAACCAGACAUUGAUUACUGUUCAGCGCACCCUGUUGUUCCUUCAUGUUUGACUAAAACUAUCACUUCAACCAUCAAACGUGCGCCUCGCGCUCGUCACCGCAUCAUUGUCUACCGACGCACGUCCUCAAGUCGUGAUUCUGUAUACGAUUCCGAU